UUAAUUCCUUCGCAAUUCGCGGAUAUAUAUUUAUGAGUAUGGACAUGCGAGCUCUCUCAAAGUGUGUAGCCUUUCUAGCCGCGUUAGUGCAGGUGUACCCAGCGACCAAAGCAAUCUUCCUGCGUCAACACGUGGGACUGUCGGCCUUUCCCUUCGAAAUUUUGAUGCCUAUUGACGUGGUUCUCUCGGUGCUUUUCGCACUGGUUUUGUGUGUAACUGCCUUUAUCAUAUGGUUCUAUAAGCAAACUAAAAGGAAUAUAAUACUAAUCUUAGGCAUAUGCGGCUCUGGGAAAACGACGCUGUUUACCCGAUUGGUUUACGGUGAUGCGAAGUCUUGCUACACUUCACUAAAAGAAAAUCGGGGUACCUUUGAGACUAGAAAAGAAAAGCUAUUUAUUAUAGACAUUCCAGGUCAUGAGAAACUUCGAUACGAAUGCCUGAACAAAUACAAGAGGGAGACUCGCGCCUGCUUGUUUGUAAUCGAUUCACAGAACAUCCAAGUCGAACUGAAGGAUGUUGCUGAAUUCUUAUACGACAUAUGUACAGAUGCCGACCUGACUUCGAGGAAGUCUAAAAUUCUGAUUGCCUGCAACAAACAGGACAUCGCGUCUGCAAAGGGCUCUGUUGUUAUCAGAAGCCUGCUCGAGAGGGAGCUGAGUACGGUCGCAGUAACUCGCUCCGGUGCACUGCAGGGUUUGGAGGGUAACGCGAAAAAUGUUCGAACUCCUUUUACAAGUUCCGGAUCCACCUUCACAUUUGCUUCGUGCCGCGUCCCAGUACAAUUUGUGGAGUGUUCCGCGAAAAACGACGUGCAAUCAAUAAACCAGUGGAUACAAGACAUUUGAUUAUGUAAAUGUAGCAAAUUGUUCUUUUGGUCAUGUAUUUUGAUUCAAUCUUCAAUUGCCACAUAAACCAUCGAGUAGAGCUUGA